AAAAAUAGGUCGCGCUACCGUUUUUAUGUCAGAACAGUAGUUUGGAACGAAGCUAGGUGGAAAUAUUUAGGGAUUCGUUCAGGACGUCUGCUUUCAAUAUUAUUGUAUAAAUAUUGUCACGUAAUUAUAUUUAUGACAUUGAACGAUCUAGAAAAUGAUUUUAUAACCUAGCGAACUGAAUGUAGCAUUUGAGCCGGAUAGGCUAACAACAUCGGCUAGCAUUAGCAUCAUUAGCAGGAAGAGGCCGCGCCGGCUAGCACUCAUUUUGGUGAAGAGCGGUUUCCUCCGGACCACAGAUGGACGGAGAGGAGGAUUUUUCAGGAACUCACUCAGAUGAUGGUAGUGCCACACCAGUGCAGGAUGAACAUGCGCUGGCAUCCGAUGCUGAAGAAGAGAGAGUAGAAUCACACCACUCUGAGGAGGAGGGCAGUGACAGAGAAGGUCCUGCCUCUAGUCCAGCGGCUCCUGCAGAAGACAGUGAAUCAGAACACGAGGACAGAACAGGAGGAGGAGCCAGUAGUGGCCACGAUGAUGAUGAGGGUGAAGAAGGCUUCUCUAGCAAGAGAAGAGGUAGCAUGUCGGAGACAGAGGAUCAGCACAAAGAGCCUGACAGCGAAUCAGAACACGGGGAGCCGCCAAAGGGGCGGAGCCAUCACUCAGACUCUGAUGAAUCCGAUAGCGAGAAGGUGAAACAGAGAGACUCUGACGAAGAAGAACGGGGGGAAGACGACAGAGAGCGGAGGAAAGCUGUGAUACACUCUGACAGUGAGGAAGAGGAGGACAAGAAACCCAAAAAUGAAGCAGGAAGUGAGCAGGAAGAUGGGCCAGCUCAGCGUCUCCACUCUGACAGCGACGAUGAAGACGAGAAGCCAGUGAAGAGGAAGAAAGCAAUUUUGUCUGACAGUGAGGAUGAAGACGAACCAAAAGUGAAGAAAAGCAGGGCCGUGUCAGAUGAUGAAGAUUCUGGUAGUGAGCAAGGCUCUGAAGCUCCUGAUAAGACGGUUGUUGCGAAACUCAGAGAACUCGGUUCAGACAGCGAGGAUGAGGAGGAGAGCACGAAGAGGGACACAGGGAAAAAAGACGAGAAGACGCUGUUUGGCAGUGACAGUGAAUCAGAAAAUGAUGCAGAAGAAAAAAUGAUAGCAGACAUCUUUGGAGAAUCUGGUGAAGAGGAGGAUGAGGAGUUUACGGGUUUUAACCAGGAAGAGUUGGAGGGGGAGAAGCAGCAGUCUCAUGCUGCAGGACAGAAGAUAGCGAUGGACGACUCAGACUCGGAUGAUGUGGACAGAGGAGGAAAAGAUAUGUCGUUCAUGUCUGAUUUCGACAUCAUGCUAGCGAAAAGGAAAGCUCAAAGCGGCAAGCGGAGGCGGCACCGAGACGGGGGAACGUUCAUCAGUGACGCGGAUGAUGUGGUUAGCGCCAUGAUCAGCAAGAUGAACGAAGCAGCUGAGGAGGAUCGCACUCUGAACAGUCAGAAAAAGCCAGCGCUGAAAAAGCUGACACUUCUGCCCACUGUUGUUAUGCAUUUAAAAAAGCAGGAUCUGAAGGAGACAUUUAUAGACAGUGGCGUGAUGACAGCAAUAAAAGAGUGGAUCAGUCCUCUUCCUGAUAAGAGUCUGCCGGCCCUGAGGAUCAGAGAGGAGCUGCUGAAGAUCCUGCAAGAGUUGCCCAGUGUGAGUCAGGAGACCCUGAAAAUGAGUGGAAUCGGCAGAGCCGUCAUGUUCCUCUACAAACACCCCAAAGAGUCACGAUCCAACAAAGACCUCGCUCUCAAACUUAUCAAUGAAUGGUCAAGGCCCAUCUUUGGCUUGUCUUCUAAUUAUAAAUGCAUGACGAGGGAGGAAAGGCAGCAGAGAGACCUUGAUCAGCAGAUUGCUCCACGCAGAAGACUCAGCUCAGGAGGGCAGACUCCUCGCAGGGAUCUGGAGAAAGUGUUAACAGGAGAGGAGAAAGCACUGCGGCCUGGUGACCCUGGGUUCUGUGCGAGAGCACGUGUACCAAUGCCCUCUAAUAAAGACUAUGUGGUGCGACCCAAGUGGAAUGUGGAGACGGAUUCAAACCGGAGAGGCUGUAAGAAAGGCAUCAGUCUUCUGGAGAAACACAAGCGGCGGUUUAUGGAGGAGAGAAAGCAGCGGCGUGUUCGGGGAGCAGUGAAGAUCAGCGUGGAGGGAAACCACAUGCCCCUGUAGCUCAGCCCCGGGCCUGCAGGGGGCAGUAAGUGCUGCAUGAGCACCGUGUGUGCAGUGUGACACAACAGCACUGCUCAGUGCAUCCUGCUCACUAAUACUCUAAACCUGAGGGGGGAGACAUGAUACGAUCAGCUCCCAGCUACUGCCUUCAACAUGUUUAUAAACAUCAUAUGACCAAGACCAGCACUAUGGUGAUGCUGAUCAACA